AUGGGCGAGAGGCGGAGCAGCCCUAUGUACCUUUUGUGCCACGCCCAUGGGAGCUCUCAGGAAUCCCACACCCCCGAAUCCGGCAGAUAUGGCGACAGCUGCCCAUGCAGCAAAGGACCCCACCUGGAGACCACCAUCAGCACGUGUUACUCACCUGUCCUCCUGGAACAGGACUCCUCAGUGAAUAAUGGAUCAGGCAUUUCCUGUGGCCUCCACUCAGUCACAAAGGACCCAGCCUUGCAGAUCCCCAUCAAGCCCCCCCUUUCCCCCCAGGGACCACACAAGAUGCCCCCCUCAGGAUGCUUCCAAGACCCGUACCACACUCGCACCAGCAUGCAAGGGGAUGUCUACAACUUCUUGGAGAGGCCGGUCGGGCUGAGAUGCUUCCUUUACCACUUCUUGGUAUUCCUUAUGGUGCUGGUGUGUCUUUUGUUUAGUGUGCUGUCUACCAUUGAGUUCUAUGCAGAAUUUGCCACCGGGACACUCUUCUGGAUGGAAAUAGUCCUGGUGGUCUUCUUUGGGACGGAGUAUGUGGUUCGGCUGUGGUCAGCAGGCUGCCGAAGUAAAUAUGUGGGCAUUAGAGGCAGACUUCGUUUUGCCAGGAAGCCAAUCUCCAUAAUAGAUCUGAUUGUAGUGAUCGCCUCGAUCAUCGUCCUUGGGGUUGGAUCUAAUGGCCAGGUGUUCGCAACAUCUGCCAUCAGGGGGAUACGAUUCUUACAGAUUCUUCGCAUGCUACACGUGGAUCGACAAGGUGGCACCUGGAGGCUUCUGGGAUCUGUAGUUUUCAUCCAUCGGCAGGAGCUGAUAACCACGUUGUACAUCGGAUUCCUUGGCCUGAUCUUUUCCUCCUACUUCGUGUAUCUGGCUGAAAAGGAUGCUGUAGAUGAGGAGGGGAAGACGGAUUUCUCGAGCUACGCAGACGCCCUGUGGUGGGGUGUGGUAACCGUGACAACCAUUGGGUAUGGAGACAAGGUCCCACAGACUUGGAUCGGGAAAACCAUAGCGUCGUGCUUCAGUGUGUUCGCCAUCUCCUUCUUCGCCUUGCCUGCGGGGAUUCUGGGCUCUGGCUUCGCUCUUAAGGUGCAACAGAAGCAGAGGCAGAAGCACUUCAACAGGCAGAUCCCUGCCGCCGCAUCCCUCAUUCAGACUCUGUGGCGCUGUUACGCAGCUGAGAAGCCAGAAGGAUAUCCGGCAACAUGGAAGAUGUAUGUUCUCUCCAGUGACCUCACCCCCACCAUUGGCUCAGAGGAUUCCACUCCCAACUUCCGGAAGCUGAGCAAACGUUACAAACGGAAGCCUAAGGCUUCCAAAGACAAUGGCUCUGCGGCCGCCGACCGAGGACUGUCCGUCCCUCAGAUCACAUACGACCACAUCGAGGACAGAGACGAGGGGAAGGAGGACCCCUUCCUUGUGGAGGAGUCAGCAGCUGAGGUCUUCUGCCUGCACUCAGCUCUCAGUUCCUCUGUGUUCUGUAUUAAGACUGAGUUCACGCCUUCCAAGGACAUUGAGGCAGUCAGCUUCUUCCGUAUCUUUGUGUAUUUGAGGUCAAGUCACAUGACUGAUGUCAUCAGAGUGAAUGCCACCUCUGCUUUCCUAAUUCACCCUGCCCUCUCUGUCCCUCCCUGGUGCUCUCUCUCUGCUCUCUGCUCCUGUCUACCUGAACAUGACCUUCGUGCAUGUUGUGCAGCCAAGAAGCGGCUGGGCAGUCCCUCCCCGGACAUAUCUCGGGCCAGCAGCUUUGUGGAUGAUAUGGACAUGGCCUGUGAAGAUAUUGCCCUGCCAGCGGUCGCUGACGCUUCGGGCCUGCUCACCAGCCCCCUAGUAGACAACCUCCAGGAUUCCACACGCCAUUUGAACACUGAAAGGUUGUCUAACGCCCACAGGUCUGCUGUCAGAGUCAUGAGGAGGAUGCAGUACUUUGUGGCCAGGCGAAAGUUUCAGCAAGCGCGGAAGCCAUACGACGUGCGGGAUGUGAUCGAGCAGUACUCCCAGGGCCACCUCAACAUGAUGGUGCGGAUCAAGGAGCUACAGAGGAGAUUGGAUCACACUAUAGGAAAACCAGGAAUGUUUCUGCCAGAAAAAGGUGUAGACAAAGAGUACUACACUGUUGGAGCCAGACUGAACCGAUUGGAGGAUAAGGUGGUGCUGAUGGAUCGGAAGCUGGACGACAUCCUGAAGAUCGUACUGGAGCGGUUCCGGAGCCAGGCACAGCUGUCACCGAAGCCACGGGUCGCCGUAACCAAACGCUGGGGAGCCAGCAUGGAGGAGGGCCAGUGAACUCACUAUCACCGCCUCACUUCGACACGGGAUUCCGCUGCGGUACAAUCUGUGCUAGCUGCCUGUUUGACCGCUGUGCCAACGACAGGCCUGCAGAGCCCAUGAAUCAGUGGCGAAGCUGACGGGAGGGCCGCAGCAGGGUCCCUGGCGGUGCCGUUUGUCUGGAGUCGAGCUACAAGGCUCCACAAAAGACUGGUCAUUUUAACAUUCCUCCCUGUGGACGGCAUAUCAUUCUGCUCCCAAAGUAGCAAUUAAAAUACUAAUGCCAGAGAAUUCGGCCACAUAUUUCAUGGGUUUUGAUGGCGGGGGUGUGAAAUGGCGGGUAAGCCCCAUACUGGACGCUCUGUUGCUCAGUGCUAUCUGUAAGACUGGUACCAGUAGUUUCAUCCAUGGAACUAACACUCAUUUCAUUUGAGUUUUGCUUCCUCUCUCUGUCUCAAGCUUUGCACUCUCUAAUAUUCGUGGAGCCCUUUCACAUAUAGAACAUUAGAGAAAGAUCUGGGGACAUUUCGAUGUAUUAAUGGACUCCUGCCAUAAUGAGAGCAUGAGCAUGUUUGAGAACAGAAUGGAAAAAUGGGAUG